AUGGAUCUCGUGAAUCUAGCCACCAGAGAUUCCUGUGGCACUGGAAAUGACUUCAAUGGGGACCACAUGGGAGCCAGGAUAUCCGCGGUCUUCGUUAUCCUGGCUACAUCCUCGCUCUCAGCUUUCUUUCCGCUUCUUUCCUCCAAAUACUCCACCAUACGGGUGCCAUCGUGGUGCUUUUUCAUAGCAAAAUACUUUGGUUCAGGAGUCAUCGUGGCCACUGCCUUUAUACAUUUGUUACAACCGGCCAACGAAUCCUUGUCUACCGAGUGUCUCGGAGGGGUGUUCCAGGAAUACCCCAUGGCUUUUGCCAUAUGUCUCAUUACACUGUUUCUAAUGUUCUUUGCUGAAUUGAUUGCAUAUCGCUGGGUCGAGGAAAAAGUUGCCAAAGCCAUCGGAGUGCUUCCAAUGGUUGAGAAUGUUCACUCCCAUUUUGGCGACCAGGACCUCUACAUCAAAAACUCGGAGGAGACAGACCUCAAGAAGUUCGAGGAGUCCGCUCAAGAGGAGCACACAGACAUGCAUGCACACAGUCACGCCGAUGCCUCCUCUACCAAUCCCUACCCAGCGCACUUUGCCCAUGCGGCUCACCACCAGGACCCAGAGGUGUUGGGAACCCCCGCGGCAGACCCUGGUCUUGAGACCUACUAUGGUCAGCUAUUGAACGUUUUUGUGCUGGAAUUUGGUAUUGUUUUCCAUUCUAUUUUCAUCGGCCUCACACUGUCAUGUUCAGGUGAUGAGUUCGUCACUCUAUACAUCGUGGUUGUUUUUCACCAGGCCUUCGAGGGCCUUGGUCUUGGAACCCGGAUAGCUCUUGUGGACUGGCCAAAGGCAAGAAGAUGGACACCAUGGAUACUGGCACUGGGAUAUGGUCUGACUACACCUAUCGCCGUUGCCAUUGGCCUUGGGGUAAGAACCUCGUACCCUACCCACUCGCGGACGGCUCUCAUUGUCAAUGGUGUUUUCGACUCGGUUUCCGCAGGUAUUCUGACCUAUACGGGUCUCAUAGAGCUCAUGGCGCAUGAGUUCUUAUUUUCAGACGAGUUCAAGGGCAAGGGUGGCCUUUCUAAGAUGGUCAAGGCCUAUUUCGUGAUGUGCACUGGCGCAGGUGUCAUGGCACUUUUGGGGAAAUGGGCUUAA